AUGGCCACCAACACCCGCUUCUCCGUAGUGAGAUGCAUUGCGAGUAUCGCUGCGGUUUUCUUCGCCUUGUUCUCCCAAGUCCUCUCGGAGACUGUCGAGAGAAACUUUACCGUCGGCUGGGUUACCGCUAAUCCGGAUGGCGCAUUCGACCGACCCACGAUCGGAGUAAAUGGGGAGUGGCCAAUUCCCUUGAUCAGAGCUACGGUCGGGGACACGCUCAUCCUCAAUGUCUUCAACGACCUCGGGAAUGCGAGCACGAGUCUUCACUUCCACGGAUUUUUCCAGAAUGGUACCAAUUCCAUGGAUGGACCUGCAGGAGUGACGCAAUGCGCGAUCCCACCUGGAGAAUCAUUUACGUACAACAUCAAGUUCACCCAACCGGGUACAUAUUGGUAUCAUGCUCACAAUGAUGGCCUAUACCCCGAAGGUCUUCGAGGUCCUGUUGUCGUCCAUGAUCCAGAGGGCCCGUACGAAGGUCAAUACGAUGAUGAGAUCGUCCUGUCGUUUUCUGACUGGUACCACCGGUCGGUCCCCAGCUUAGUGGCCGAUUUCAUCAGUUUCAAGAACCCGACCGGUGCAGAGCCGGUGCCAGAUUCGGCUCUCAUGAAUGACACGCAGAAUUUGAAGAUCAAGGUCGAGCCCGGAAAGACGUAUCUGAUCCGCAUGGUAAACAUAGGUGCAUUUGCGGCUCAUUAUGUCUGGUUUGAAGACCAUGAAAUGCGCAUCGUCGAGGUUGACGGUGUUUGGACGGAAGCAGCCGCGGCAAAUAUGAUCUACAUCACCCCUGCUCAGAGAUAUAGCGUCCUCCUCACGACCAAGAACGAUACGUCGAAAAACUACCCUGUCGUUGGUGCUAUGGACCAGGAUCUCUUCGACGUCAUCCCCGAUGGUCUGAAUCCCAACGUUACCGGUUGGCUGGUAUACGACGAGAACAAGGAACUUUCCAAACCUGUUGAGCUGGAUGAGCUUAAUAGUUUUGAUGAUUUCGACCUCGUUCCAUACGAUAAAGAGGAGUUGUAUGACAAUGUGGACUAUUCAUUUUCGCUCGAUGUCACGAUGGACAAUCUCGGUGACGGAGCCAACUACGCUUUUUUCAAUGAUAUCACCUAUGUCGGCGCAAAAGUCCCAACCCUUUACACCGCCCUCACCGUCGGCUCCAACAACUCCCUAGAUCCGCGGGUUUACGGGACCCACACCAACCCCCACGUCUUAAAGCGUCACCAGGUCGUCGAGCUCGUGUUGAACAACGCUGAUCCUGGCAAGCAUCCUUUCCAUUUGCACGGCCACCACUUCCAGGUCGUCCACCGCUCCGAGGAAGAGGCCGGCACGUACGUCUAUGACGACAGCAUUAGCAUGCCGAAGACGCCCAUGCGACGAGACACCUUGUGGGUCCAACCGAACGGCAAUUUUGUGAUUCGCUUCAGGGCGGACAAUCCCGGAGUGUGGCUCUUCCACUGCCAUAUUGAAUGGCAUAUGGUCCAGGGCCUAGUAGCAACGAUUAUUGAAGCUCCCGAUGCUCUUGAGGGUAUGGAAAUCCCCGAGGACCACCUGAGGGUCUGCAAGGCGGCCAAUAUUCCGGUUGCUGGAAACGCUGCUGCAAAUACCCAAGAUGUCUUCGAUCUCACAGGGGAGAAUGCCCCUGUCGGUCCUCUUCCCAGUGGAUUCACAGCCAAAGGCUACGUCGCCAUGGUUUUCAGUUGUAUUGCGGCCGUUCUAGGAAUGGCGGUCAUAUCAUGGUAUGGUGCGCUGGAUUUGAAGAAGGAGCGAAAGGAUUGA